ACUCAAAACAUAUUAACAAAUGAUAAUAAAAUACUAACCAACUGUUAUAAUUUAGUUCUUUUGUAAAAUUUACAUAUAUGCAUGAGAUAUUGUAGAACAUUAUCGUUAUAUUAAUUUACAUAAUUUAGAAUCAUAUACUUUAGUUUAUUUUAUAUUUCAUUCUAAGCACAAUAUAUCUUAAGUUAUACAUAAUCUUCCUGAAAUAUAUUUACAUAUCUAAGACAACAACCAACGUAAAUGCAAAUAAGAAAAUUAAUCAUAAUUUUAAUAUAUUUAAAAUAAAAAAAUAUUAUAGUUGAAUUCAGAGAAAUAGAUGGAAUCUAAUAUACCCAAAUGAUAAUUAAAUCGACUAUAAAAAUAACAAAACCGACUAGAUAUAACAUAUCUACAAUCAUAUGUCUAAUUAAAUUAAUAUAAUAUCAUUAAUAUAAAUUAUGCAUACAAAUUAUAAAUUAAUUUAAAAUUUUAAAAAAUAACAAUUCAAUUGUUAUAAUAUAUUUAUUUUAUAAAUAUUUAUAUCCGUGCAUGAGCACGGAAAAAUCACCUAGUGUAUAUAUAUAUAUAUAUAUAUAUAUAUAUUUUAACAAAAGUUCCCUUGAUUUGUGGUGUCUUUCUGGUGGAAAAAAUAAAUAAAAUAACAACGUGAGCAGCAGGAAAAAAUAAUAUAAAGCGUUUAUAAUUACACUGAUGACUGACCAUGGACUAUUUGAUCUGGUGAACAUAAAGCUAGCCAUUAGGUCAAAUAGUCCAUGGUGAAUAUUCACCAGAUCAAAUUGAUAAGGUGAAUUAACAAUAUUCUACAUCACCUACUAAGUGCAACCUAAAGCAAAGUUAGCAAAUAAUUGACCUGACCUUUUUUUUUUUUUUUGCAAAUUUACCUGACCUAAUCCUAUAAAAAAAUGUGUAACGCCUUCAUUCAGAGCGACUCACUGGUCCAAAAGUAAUUAUUCUUUAAAAGAACGUCUAUGUGUAUUGUAUAAUGCAUAUUUGGUUAUAACUUAAAAGGUACACGAGCGUUGACACAGACACACUUUAUAAUUAGGUUCAAAAAGUGGAACUAACAAUCCCAAUAAUAAUAAUAAUAAAAAAACAAUCCCAAUAAUAUACAGUCCGAGUUUAUAUGGAAAUGGAGCAAGUCAUCUUCAAUAUUUUAUCAAGCGACGAUCUUGAAUGUAAGAUUAUGAAGAAAGUCCCAUCAAACCUAAAAGGAAGAAUACACAUACCCAAACCAAUUCAGCAACUUCACCAAGUCAAUCAUAUAUAUAUAAUUACAAGCAAGACUUAUGAUUCAUCAUCAAAAUACCUAGCUCCUCCUUUGAAGAUUCGGAAAGGAAUAAUCCUAUAAUUUCUCCUCUUCUUAAUUAUUUCCCAUGGAUAUAGAAAAGGCCGGUAGGAGAAGAGAAGAAGAAGAACCCAUUGUUCAAAAGCCAAAGCUAGACAAAGGAAAAGGCAAAGCUCAUGUGUUUGCUCCUCCUAUGAACUACAGUCGAAUCAUGGAAAAACAUAAGCAAGAAAAGGUGAAUAUGGCCGGCUGGAAAAGAGGUGUAGCAAUCUUUGAUUUUGUACUUAGACUCAUUGCAGCCAUUACGGCCAUGGCCGCUGCAGCAAAGAUGGCAACCACCGAAGAGACUCUUCCUUUCUUCACUCAGUUCUUGCAGUUCAGUGCUGACUACACCGAUUUACCAACGUUGUCAUCUUUCGUUAUAGUAAACUCAAUCGUGGGCGGUUACCUAACCCUCUCAUUGCCUUUCUCCAUUGUCUGUAUCAUCCGGCCUCUCGCCGUGCCGCCUAGGCUCUUCCUCAUCUUAUGUGACACGGCGAUGAUGGGCCUCACAAUGAUAGCAGCAUCGGCUUCUGCAGCGAUAGUUUAUUUGGCGCACAACGGGAAUUCAAGCUCGAAUUGGCUUCCGGUUUGCCAGCAGUUUGGUGACUUUUGCCAAGGAACGAGCGGCGCCGUGGUGGCUUCCUUUAUUGCAGCGGCUCUUUUGAUGUUCCUCGUCGUCCUCUCUGCAUUUGCUCUCAAGAGAUCGACUUAAAAGCUUGUAAUGAAAUUCAUUUGUGUGAAAAUUUUAAAAGGGUCAGAUGUAUGAUUUGUUUCUUAUUGUGUUGUGUAACUCGAAUGUACUGUGGAUCAUGUUGUAAAUCAGUUUCAUCUUACACAUAGUUUGUUUUUGUUUUUUCCCAGCAUAAAUUGUCGUUUGAAAGAGAGCAUUUAUUUACCUGAGCAUGUUGGAAAAUAUUAUAGUCAUCAUGAUGGUUAAGGUUAGGAGGAUCCGGAUAUCCGGAAAAUUUAGGGUAUCCGGAUCCAGAUCCGUGGAUUUAAUAU